AUGAACAUCGAUUCGGAUUUUAAGUUAUGGGCCACUUUGUUCCUCUGCAUGUUGGUGCCGUUUCUGUGCAAUGCUGGACUGGUCUCUGCUGAGAAAGGAGAGCAUGUGCGUGUGCUUACGUUGGAUCACUCCAAUUUCACUGACAUUGUCUCCAAACACAACUUCAUUGUUGUCAAGUUCUAUGCUCCAUGGUGUAACUUUUCUAUGAAGCUUGCUCCAGAGUAUGAAAAAGCUGCUUCCAUUUUGAGUAGCCAUGACCCUCCAGUCAUUCUGGCAAAAAUAGAUGCAAAUGAUGAAGCAAAUGAGGCACUGGCAGACGAAUUUGACAUAAGGGCUUUCCCUACUCUUAAGAUUUUAAGAAAUGGAGGAAAGAAUAUUCAAGAAUAUAAAGGCCCUCAUGAAGCUGAUCGUAUAGUAGCUUACAUGAAAAAGCAAGUUGAUCCUGCAUCAGUUGAAAUAAAAUCUGUGGAAGAUGCUGCUAGCCUUAUUGGCGAAAACAAGAUCUUAAUUGUUGGAAUUUUUCCACAAUUCUCUGGGGAGGAAUUUGAUAACUUCACUGCUUUAGCAGAAAAUUUGCGUUUUGACUAUAAGUUUGGUCGCACUUUGGAUGCCAAACUCCUUCCAAAGGGUGGAUCUUCAGUGGAGAGGCCAACAGUGAGAUUGAUAAAACCAUUUGACGAACUGUUUGUUGAUUUCCAGGAUUUUAAUGUGGAUGCUUUGGAGAAGUUUGUUGAAGAAGCUAGUUUGCCUAUUGUGACUCUUUUCGACAAGGAUCCAAGUAACCAUCCAUUUGUUGUCAAGUUCUUCAACAGCCCUAAUGCCAAGGCAAUGCUAUUUUUGAACUUCACUGGCGAUCAUGUUGAUAGUUUCAAGUCAAAAUUUCAUGAUGUUGCUUUGCACAACAAAGGAAAGGGCAUAAGCUUUCUAAUGGCUGAUGUUGAGGCGAGCCAAGGGCCACUUGAGUACUUUGGAUUCAAUGAUGACCUGGUACCUCUCCUCUUCAUACUAAAAAAUGAUGGUCAGAAGUACCUUAAACCAAACUUGGAGCCUGAACAUAUUGCACCUUGGUUGAAGCAAUACACGGAUGGAAAUUUAAAGCCAUUCAUAAAGUCACAGCCCAUUCCUGAAACUAAUAUUGAGCCUGUGAAAGUGGUUGUUGCUGAAAGCCUACAUGACAUGGUUUUCAACUCUGGAAAAAAUGUUCUGCUAGAGUUUUAUGCACCUUGGUGUGGACUUUGUAAGAAACUGGCCCCAAUUUUGGAAGAAGUUGCUGGCUCAUUUGAAAAUGAUACUGAUGUUCUCAUUGCAAAACUGGAUGCGACUGAAAAUGACAUCCCAGGCGAUAACUUUGAGGUACAAGGAUACCCAACUUUGUACUUUAAAUCUACCAGUGGCAUCCUGUUGAAGUAUGAUGGGAAUAAAACAAAGGAGGAGAUCAUUGAUUUUAUUCAGAAGAAUCGGGACCAGACAGUCCAAGUCCAACCAGAUACGACAGUGAACGAUGAACUGUGAUUAAGUAGUGCUUCCAACUAUAAGAGGAGAUACUUGUAUGGCGGAUUUUACUUGACAACAUUAGCGAGUCUUCACAAUCUUUUUGCAGUAGGAAGAAAAUAAGAGAUGCAAGACAGUCACAAGUAUGCUACAUGUAAUUCUCAGUUUUUCCAUUAUCAAAAAAU